UUCAAGCGCUGCCCAAUGCGGUGUCUACCGCGCCAGGAAUUACUUUCCCAGUUUGAUUGGCUCCCUCUCUCUCACCAGACAUCGUGCAUUUCACACCAUUGGACCGCGGACACGGCUCUGGCGCGUGUUUGUGAUUCCUUUUCCCGAUUGGCCAUAAACCUACGUAGCGCAUGUCGUCUGUGAGUUGUGAUUGGACAGGAAGCCAGGUGCUGUAGUGCAGGGGUGUACGCUCCUCAGCAUCGUCUUAUAAAAAUACGCUUCCACCGGGCUGUUUAGGACUAUCGGGCUUGAUACAAACGAACGACUGUCAAUACCUCUGGAGUUAACUUCACGCACAGGAUGCCUGGAUCAGCCUCAGCCAGUUGCCUUGGACCAUGGCCCAAAGAUGUUGGUAUCAUUGCCAUGGAACUGUACUUCCCAUCCCAGUAUGUGGACCAGGCUGAGCUGGAGCAGUUUGACGGUGUGCCAGCUGGAAAAUACACUGUUGGCCUGGGUCAAGCUUGCAUGGGCUUCUGCUCAGACUGUGAGGACAUCAAUUCUUUGUGCCUGACGGUCGUCCAGAGGCUGAUGGAGAGGAACGGUCUGUCCUACGACAGCGUGGGUCGAUUGGAGGUCGGCACUGAGACCAUCAUUGACAAGUCAAAGUCUGUCAAAACUGUUAUCAUGCAGCUGUUUGAGGACUCUGGCAAUACAGAUGUGGAAGGCAUUGACACCACAAAUGCCUGCUAUGGCGGUACAGCUGCACUAUUCAAUGCUGUCAACUGGGUGGAGUCCAGUUCAUGGGAUGGGCGGUACGCGCUGGUGGUAGCAGGGGAUAUUGCUGUCUACGCUACAGGAAGUGCCCGGCCCACAGGGGGUGCUGGUGCAGUGGCAAUGCUGGUUGGACCUAAUGCUCCAUUGGCCUUUGAACGAGGUUUACGAGGAACCCACAUGCAGCAUGCAUAUGACUUCUACAAGCCAGACCUUAUGUCAGAGUACCCUGUGGUGGAUGGCAAGCUGUCGAUAGAGUGCUACCUGAGUGCCUUGGACCGCUGUUACUCAGUGUAUCGCAACAAGAUCCAUGCACAGUGGCAAAGAGCAGAGGGUUCAGAGAAGCGUUUCAGCCUGGAUGACUUUGGCUAUCUAGUCUUCCAUUCUCCAUACUGCAAGUUGGUGCAGAAGUCCUUGGCUAGGCUGAUGCUGAACGACUUUCUGAGCCACCCCAGCCCCAACACUGAAACAGGACCCUUCACAGGCCUUGACGCCUUCAGAGAUAUACGGCCAGAAGAGACUUACUUUGACCGUGAUGUGGAGAAGGCCUUCAUGAAGGCCAGUUCCGAUCUGUUCGAGAGGAAGACCAAGUGCUCCCUGCUGAUCUCCAACCAGAAUGGAAACAUGUACACCCCCUCUGUCUAUGGCUGCCUGGCCUCACUCAUUGCACAACACACACCUUCACAGAUAGCAGGACAGAGGAUCGGGGUAUUCUCCUAUGGUUCAGGAUUUGCUGCUACUCUGUAUUCUCUCAGAGUCACACAGGACCACACACCUGGGUCUGGUCUGGACAAACUUGUGUCCAGCCUUAGUGACCUGAAGGUCAGACUGGAAUCAAGGAAGAAGGUGUCGCCUGCUGUCUUUUCUGAGAACAUGAAGCUGAGAGAGGAAACACACCACUUAGCCAGCUAUGUCCCUCGAGGCUCAGUGGAGGAUCUGUUCCCAGGAACAUGGUACCUGACCCGAGUGGAUGACAAACACCGCAGGGAAUACUCCAGAAGACCUCUGGACAAUGACCUUCCAGCAGAGCCAGAACUUGUUCGCUCCAGCACUGCUGCUGAGCACAUCCCAAGUCCGGCCAAGAAGAUGCCCCGCAUCCCGGCAGCCUCCACUGGUCCUGAUCCUGCAGUCAGUAACUGAGAUUACGCCGCUUACCUCUGAGAAGUAUCAAGGCAACUAUACAACACUAUACAUCAGAAGGCUGGAAGGAGAAAAUGGAGUCAUCUCCAAAAUCAUUAUACGUAAACUUGGUCAGUUGAAGUGUUGAGUUGAGGCAUGUGGACACCUGUAGACACUGCUCAACUGCCUGUACCCUUCCCAUCAUCCCUCAUUUGUCCGAAUGUCAUACUAUUGGAGAGUAGAUUUUAAAUUUGACCUGAUAAUUCUGUUUUGCUGACAGUAAUAAUUUGUUUUGCAAUCCUUUAUUUCAAAGAUAAGCUCCACCGUGUGUUUGGGAGGAGCACAGGCAAACAUUUACAUGGAGUGUUGCUGAUAUUUAUAGUUAAACAAGCAGACUUCCUCCCAGCAGCAGGCAGUCAGUGUCAGGAAGAGGAAGCUAUAGAAUGAAUUUGGCUCCUGCUGAAGAGAACAUCAGGAGUUUUUCAACAGUAUAAUGUAUCGUAACAGUGCUGCUGCCGCCACAGCGACCUAGUCAAGACGGAGCUCAUACCCCACUCUGCUAUCUGUACUCAAAGAUCUCAGUUUUCUAUGAAAAGAUGAGGUCAACUUCUACACCCUGCAGGUUCAUCAUGUGACUGCACACAGUGAAAGGAGUCUUACUUAAAAGUGUUGUUGAAUGCUGUAGCUGAGCUAAUGUAGUCAGCAGUUAACCUGGUAGGGAACAUUCAUCCAUACACAAGAUGCCAACUGUCUCAUUGAUGAUCCCCAAACAGAUAACCAGUUCUGUUCCACAGAUGAAUGUUGAAGUGAAGAUAUUUUGGAUAACACCACUGUCAUUUUAGUUUUUCUAACUGCCUUUUAUUGCCAUGAAAUUUCUGAACCCAUUGAACAGUCUUGCACAGCGAGUAGUUGUGUACUGAUCUACAUUAGGUUUACUUAACCUGCCAUAGUAAUCAGGGUUUUUUUUUUUUCAUUACAUAAAAUUCAGUAUUUUUAAAUAAACUUUACAAAUGUAUAUAACAUACAAUGUAUAACAUAUAUUUUAUCUUAUCUAUUGAUGAAACAGUAAGUUGAUUGUCAGAAAAUGUUUGGUAAGGCAUUAAUAGGUUAUCCAAUUUAUCAAACAAAAAAGCCAAAUAUCAAUCAAGAAUCAUGAAAACUUUAUUUAUCCCGAGGGAAAUUGUCGUGCAACAGUAGUAAAACAAAGUGAGAAAGGAAUACAAAAGUAAUAAAUGAUGUUAAAGUAAUAAAUAAACAAGGUACUAAGUACACAGAAUGCAAUUCAAAUAUAUCAAAGUUUCAGUCUCAGUUGUGAAAAUCUGCUUUUUUUUUUUCUUUUUCUUUCCCACAACUAAACUGUUCUGAGUGGUUUGUCAAACAGACAUUUGAAGGUGGCACUUUGGAAUUUGCCAUGGACAUUUUGACUUAUUCAAAUGUCUUUUCCCCAGACUAGAUGAUAAAUCCAAUUGGAUAUACAGUACCAGCCAGAACUUUUGACAUACCUUCUCAUGACAUGUUUUUCUUUAUUUUCAUUAUUUUCAAAAUUUUAGAUUAUAACAUGAAAUAGCAAAUGUGGUAUUAUGUAGUUAACAAAAAAAAGUGUUUUCUAUGCUUUUGAUUGUUCAAGUGAGCCACCAUUUGCCUCAAUGUCAGCAAUAUUGACAUUUUUUAGAUGCCUUACCAAAUGUAAUUUGAAGCCCUAUUAAAACUUAAAGGUCAGUCAAAGCCCUUGAAUCGAGUCCAGGCACAAAAAAAAACAGUAAACACCCAGAACAAGCUAACUCAUGAACUAACUCUGCUGCAGAUGAUAAGUUCAUUACAGUUAAGAGUCUCAGAAAACCCACCUCAAUGCAAGGACUGGAUAUGAGACCAGUGGAAGUCUCUACUUUUGUUUGAGUGCAAAUCUGCAAUGUUUGGUUCCAACUGACUUUUUUCUUCCAUUAAAAUAUUUUUGCUGUUACACAUGAACAAAACAGUAAUGGGGAGCUGUACCAGAUGACUUUGCCACCACCUCACCCAACUGAAAUAGUUUGAAUGAGUUGGGCUGCAAACGAGCAGCCCACAACUAUUGGCCAUUCUGAAGCAUCUAAAUAUGAUAUAUUUAGCUUAAUUUGGAUUUUUCUUUCAUUGUGAGAAUUGAUCUACAAUGUGAAAAAUAAUUAAAAACAAAGCACUGCAGUAGUCAUGCUGCAGUGCCACUGUGAGCUCUUAUUGUCAUUAUGCAAUGACUAGCAGUGGAAUAUACAUCCUUACUGGGUUUAGACUUCUAAACCACCAAUAAGUAAAUACCACCACUAAAAUAACUAAAGUUUCAGCACAACAAAACCACUGAACUUUGAAUGAAGGUAGGAUUUAUGGCAGAUGUUGGAAUAGACUGCAUUGAUUUUAUAGAGACCAUUAUACUGGAAACAAAGUGUAAAUAUGAUGCAGAGAAAAGGAUCUUGGGUUCCUUACUAAUAAAAUUCAACUUUCCUCCAGUUUUCACUCAAGUUUCACAGACAGUAAACCAAAUGGUGCAAUGAUGAAUAGUUAAGGGACCAGGGACUCUGAGCAUCCCCAGCAGAUACAUUGACAUCAUUAAAGGCUUGAGGUCAGCAUCAGUAGUAGGAUUGUUUAUUGUGUUUAUCAGUAAUAUUGAUUGUACAGGAGAAAAGUAUACUACAUACUAUAUCAAACAAUAUAUUGUGGGCCCCUUGUGCAACACUUCUGAAAUCACAUUGCCAGGCAGUGAUUGCUACAUCUUUACUGUUUUCUCUGUUCAUUACGCUGCUUCAUUCAGUAAAUGUGUGUGUGCAAAAGGGCUUUGUUUCACAAACGUAUAGGUCAGGAGAUUUAAAUGCAACAUUACAGAAUUGAACACAUUCAUGUCUUAUGUAAGCAAAUUCUUGUUCUUGUCUCUUUUUUUUUUCUAUUUAACAUCAAUGUAACAGGCUCAGGCAGAUGGCAUCAGCCUUAACAUUGUGCUAGGUGUUCCUGUUGAUGGUUGGACUUGCACCCAGGGAUGAGAAGAGUUGGUACAAUUAAUGUCAAGGUGACUAGACCUUGCCUUACAAUAAGCAUGUAUAAACUGUAAACAAAGCUUUUCUUCUGUACAGAUACUCUUUUUAAGUGUACAGUCAGAAUCGGUUCCUCUGGAGUCAGGCCCUACUCACACCAGCAUCACUAACACAGGCGAGGUUGCUGUGAGUGUUCUUAGUACAGCUGUAACAUUACACUACAUCUGUAUGGUGUGUGUUAGACCUGUCCAGAUUAUUUAUGAUGUGUAGAUAUGAAUAUAUUUGUCCAGUUUAUGCAAAUGUGUAGAUUCAGAAUAAAUGGGCUCUCAAUUGUG